UCCGGCCGUUGGAUUUCGGCGCUAUCCCCCCCUUUCAUUAUCUGCAACCCUAACGAAUUCUCACGAACCGCCCGCGUGAGGAUACUUCUGACAUCAUGGCAGCAACUAUGCACGAAGGAACUGCCCCAUUUCAGUAUGAGCACCUCCCCAGACCCGCGCAGACCUGGUAUCGCGUGUACGGCGAUCUCACGGUCGGCACCCCCUUGGUGGUGCUGCACGGGGGCCCGGGGUUCUGCCACAACUACCUGCUGCCCCUGGCCGACCUCGCCGGCCCCCAGCGGGCGGUGAUCCUGUACGAUCAGAUCGGAAACGGGCUGUCGACGCACUACCCGGAGAAAGUCGGCGAUCAGGGGUUCUGGACGGUCGAGCUGUUUGUCGCCGAGCUGGCCAACCUGCUCGCCCACCUGGGGCUCGCGGCCGGCCGCCCCUUCGAUCUCCUGGGCCACUCGUGGGGGGGCAUGCUGGGCGCCGAGUUCGCCAUCCGGCGGCCGGCGGCGGCAGCGGGGGGCCUGCGGCGCCUCGUGCUCUCCAACGCCCCGGCCUCGGUGUCGCUGUGGUUGGAGUCCGUGAACGGGCUCCGCGCGACGUUACCGGCGGACGUGCAGGCGACGCUGCAGCGGUGCGAGGCUGAGGGGCGGCUCGACUCGAAGGAGUACGAGGACGCCACCAUGGUCUUCCUGUCGCAGUUCUCCUGUCGGGUGGACCCCUGGCCGCAGGAGUUUGUGGAUAGUAUCGUCUGGGCCACCGAGACGGAUCCCACCGUCGCGUCUACCAUGCUGGGCCCGUCCGAGUUCUGGAUCGAGGGCAACCUGAAGGAUUGGAGCGUGCUGGAUCGUCUGCAUGCGAUCCGGGUGCCCACGCUGCUGAUCAACGGGAAAUAUGACGAGGCCCAGGAUAGUACCGUCGAGCCGUUCUUCUGGGCCAUCGAUAAGGUGAAAUGGGUGACUUUGGCGGGGAGCUCCCACUGUCCGCAGUUUGACGAGCCGGAAAAAUAUCUGCAGGUCAUCCGGGACUUUUUGGGCGCUCGGUAGAGCUGGGGUGGCUGGACAUGCCACUCGGAAAUAGCUGAUACCACUCAAGGGGAGCUGAGACAUGCAUAUCACGCGACUGCGUCUGGAGAACCUAUCAAUGAAGAUCCAAUCAGUGGUCGUGAAAUAAAACCUUCCAUCUUACAUCUUAGCAUCUACUACCAAGAUUUCCUGGAUUAUGCUCUUUCCCACCGCGCAUGAUAUCCAAGUACGUUCAACCGAUACAGCUAGACAUUGAUAACACCUUCGAUAUAUCACCUCGUGAAUUAGCCAAGAGAAAAAGACGAGAGAAUGAUUAAAAAUGUUCGCAUACAUAGGAAAGUCAUCAGUGGAGACAUGGUC